CGCCGCCCUGCUUGCCGGGCCGGGCCGGCCGGGCUCGGGGCAGCGCCUGGUCCCUGUCCUGCCCUGCCCUGCCCGGCCGCGGAGCGGGCGCCGCUGCUGAGAUCCCCUCUCCGGGAGCCCGAGCUCCAGCCAUUGGCUCGCGCCGUCCCCCCGCCCGCGAGGGAGCGCAGCAGCCGAGCCCGAGACAAAGCCCGGGCAGCGCCGCCGCCCCCAGCCCCGCGGGCUCCCGCCCCACCCCGUCCCGCCCCGUCCCGUCCUGUCCUGUCCUCUCCUCCCGCCGCCGGGCUCGGCGAGGCGGCCCCCGAGCGGGUCUUGGGGGAGUCGGUUUGUUGACAUCGCGCAGGGAGCGGAUGCUGGUCUUCGGUCCUCGCCCUCAUCUCCACGGCUGAACCUGGCCUGUGUGUCGGUGUUGUGCCGUGGGAUUCGUCUGGCAGAAAAUUGGAAGGUUGUUUCUUGCUUAAUUGACUGGCUUAUAAGAACCGUAACUUCUGCUUCUUCGAGUCAGCGCCGGUUGUGACGGCUUCCAUUUUUCUCAUCCACACGCGCAGUGAUCUGGUCCCAAGUGAUCGGCUGAAUACCGGAGUCUGAGUGAAGUGGAGCAGAGAAUCAUCCCGCUCCUCACACAUGAGGGAUCAGGAGGUGGAUGUUAGCUAGCUGCCCUCUACUUCAAGGAGCUGCCAAGGAUCCUGAGGACCUAAGCUGAAUUCGCCUGCUGCUGCCCCACCCCUUGAAAAGCUGUAGCUGGACAGAGGCUUUGGACCAUGGGGAGCAGCAAGAGCAAACCUAAGGACCCCAGCCAGAGGAGACGCAGUCUGGAAUCUGCAGAAAAUACCCACCAUGGAGGUUACUCUUCCUCGCAGACACCCAGCAAGACCACUGUUCCCGAUCCCCACCGCACCCCUAACCGCUCCUUUGGCAGCAUGGCUGCUGAGUCCAAGCUCUUUGGAGGCUUCAAUACAUCCGACACAGUCACGUCCCCCCAGCGCUCGGGGGCUUUAGCGGUUUGUGUUGUUGCAGGUGGAGUCACCACCUUUGUAGCCCUCUACGACUAUGAGUCACGGACGGAAACAGACCUGUCCUUCAAAAAAGGGGAACGCCUUCAAAUUGUCAAUAAUACGAGAAAAGUGGAUGUCAGGGAAGGAGACUGGUGGCUGGCUCAUUCUCUCACAACAGGACAGACCGGCUACAUCCCCAGCAACUAUGUCGCUCCCUCAGACUCCAUCCAGGCUGAAGAGUGGUAUUUCGGCAAGAUCACUCGCCGGGAGUCUGAGCGGCUCCUGCUCAACUCUGAGAAUCCCCGAGGAACCUUCCUGGUCAGGGAGAGUGAAACCACCAAAGGUGCCUAUUGCCUCUCAGUCUCGGACUUUGACAAUGCCAAAGGGCUCAACGUGAAGCACUACAAGAUCCGCAAGCUGGACAGUGGCGGCUUCUAUAUCACUUCUCGCACGCAGUUCAACAGCCUGCAGCAGCUGGUGACCUAUUAUUCCAAACAUGCUGAUGGCCUGUGUCACCGUCUCACCAAUGUCUGCCCAACUUCCAAGCCCCAGACACAAGGACUGGCUAAAGAUGCUUGGGAAAUUCCCCGGGAAUCCCUGCGACUAGAGGUGAAAUUGGGGCAAGGAUGCUUUGGAGAAGUGUGGAUGGGGACUUGGAACGGCACCACCAGAGUGGCUAUAAAGACUCUGAAACCCGGGACCAUGUCUCCAGAGGCAUUUCUGCAGGAGGCCCAGGUCAUGAAGAAACUACGUCAUGAGAAACUGGUCCAGCUGUAUGCUGUGGUUUCAGAGGAGCCAAUAUACAUAGUAACCGAAUACAUGAGCAAAGGGAGCCUCCUGGACUUCCUGAAGGGAGAGAUGGGCAAGUAUCUGCGGUUGCCCCAGCUGGUGGACAUGGCGGCUCAGAUUGCAUCUGGAAUGGCCUAUGUGGAAAGGAUGAACUAUGUCCACCGGGAUCUCCGAGCUGCCAACAUCCUUGUAGGGGAGAACUUGGUGUGCAAGGUGGCUGAUUUUGGCCUGGCACGGCUGAUUGAAGAUAAUGAAUACACUGCCAGGCAAGGUGCCAAGUUCCCCAUUAAGUGGACAGCCCCAGAAGCUGCUUUGUAUGGCAGGUUUACCAUUAAGUCGGAUGUCUGGUCCUUCGGAAUACUACUGACUGAGCUGACCACCAAGGGCAGAGUGCCAUACCCAGGGAUGGUUAACAAGGAAGUACUGGACCAGGUGGAACGUGGCUACCGAAUGCCCUGCCCUCCCGAGUGCCCCGAAUCCCUGCAUGAUCUGAUGUGCCAGUGCUGGAGGAAGGAUCCUGAGGAAAGGCCCACCUUUGAGUACCUGCAGGCCUUCUUGGAGGACUACUUCACAUCAACAGAGCCCCAGUAUCAGCCAGGCGAGAACCUAUAGAUGUGGGGAUGGCUUCUGGUGCCAAAGACUAUCCACUCCUCCACAUGUGUCUGUGAGUGCGUGUGUGACAAGACGCGCAGGAUCUCAAGAACUCCUCACAGAGUCUGCAGUUCUGGGGAGUCGCCCUUCUUCAGAAGUGGUGGGAUGGGGCCUUCCUGCAGCCUGGAGUGGCUGUGGGUGCUGGGUUUCCCUGUUUGCUAAUUAAUGACUUCUGGUCUUUGUUUAACGAGGUGUUGCCAUUUGACCUUGAGAGGAGUCUAAAGGGAGAUGCCUGGAGGUUAUGGGAGGGGAAAGAACCCUUCCUGAAGAAAGCCACUAUGCUUGGGAGAAGCGUGGAGGGUGAGGUGAAGAUGCAGGAUCAGCCUCCCUUUGAGGUACUUGGCCUUCAAGAGUCUUCCUCCAAGUGACUCUGGAUUGCAGUUGAGGAGAUGAAGUGGACCCAUGGAGCAGUGACCUGGACUCCCUGCAGCCUGCAUCCAGGAGCAGGUGGCUCUUCAGGGACUGGGCAUUAGUGCUACAGAAUGACACCUUCCAGAUGGGGAUCACGUUGCUUCCAGCCUUUCUCUCUCUGUCUCUCUCUCUGUCUCUCUGUCUCUCUCUCUCUCUCUCUCUCUCUCUCUCUCUCUCUCUCUCUCUCAUUUUUUCCCUUUUCUUUUAAGUCAGCACAGAUUCCCUCCCCCCCCCCCCCCCCAGCCUGUUCUGUAACCAGAACUGACCGCACUUUGCCACAGAAAAAGGCGUGAGUGUUGCUGUUCCAGACUGAGACACUCUUCCCUGGAGACAGACAUGCAUCUGAUAUACAUGUGACUGUCCCCAUCACCCCUCCCAUCCCUCUCCACCCUCUCCCCCCCCCCCCCCUUCCCCACCUACCACCUUGCUGCAGGUCGUAGGUGCAUAUGAGGUUGGAUUAGAGGUGCUGUCCAUGCCAUGUAGACCUGGAGGGUACUAGGUUCACUGAUGUUCCUCCCCAUGUGUGGUACUUCUGGAGGGCUAGAAAGACUUUGUAGCUGAAGUGCACUGGCACUUGGGUUAGCGUUUUGUGUUGCUGCUUGUGGCUCCAGUGACUUUUAGACAUGUUUUCGAACUGCGUCAGGUUGGGGGUUCAGGUUUCAGUCUUCCAGUCUUGUCUCCCACCCAGCAAAGAGAACCUUCUAAUUGUGACGAUGACUUCACAGAGCCACGCUAAGGGAAAUGCCAACUGAGGCUUGAUACUCUUUUUUUCCCAACACUUGCUGUUCCUCCUAAUGCUUUUGAUGGGAAUUCUUCCAUGAAAUACUCCCUGGUCUUCCAGCCAGCAUCUCAAGAUGUGAACCUGACCAACGCACAACCAAGCCGCUUCUGUCUCUCACCUGCUAAUUUGGAUGCAUUUUAUGUUAUGCAAAGGUGGAUCUGUGUGUCUGUCUGAAUCGAGGCCUGGUGUGGAGCUAGUUAAAGUAGACCUGUCUUGUCCUCAGUAGGCUGUUUGGGAUCAUCUCCCUGGGGGCUUGGUCUCAUAAUGACCAGUGGGCAGUGCCUGGCAUUGCAGUAACAGGGGACAUCAUCUGAGCCUGAGACCUGUAAUCCUGCCUUGUUUGUAAAGGUCCAAAUUCUUUUCUUGGUUUUGGUCAAGGUUCCAUGGCCCUUUCUCUGGGUGCAGGUAAGGUCAGAAGAAAGGUCCCCUGGUGGAGAAGAUUAUCAGGGUCAGGGCUUGCUCAGAUGUCUCCUACAUGUUUCAGCCUGUGAAGCAGGGAUCCCAUGGGAUCCCUGCAUGAUCCUGAUACCAGCUUGACGCAUUAUGUGAUCCCAUAAGGAAGCAGCCUCCUUGCUUUGUCUGCUGUGGUGGCACCUGGCCAGGUUGCUGACCUUGUCCAAACUUGCCUUGGGCAACCUAGAUGCAGAAAUCUGUUUUUAAACCCAGCUGCCCAGAGCACUGCAGGAGGGCCCAAAUUGGUGGGUUGCUAAGCACCUUUGUUUCCCACUAAGGUCAUUUUAACAGCCUGUAGGGCUAUAGCCUGGGUGUCUCCUUAAGCAGACAGCUCAUUGCUCCCAUUUACUGGUGCCCAGAUGGCAUCAAAGAUAUAAGGAAGGAAGCUAAGUGGCAAAAGCUGCUUGGAGAGCAGUUGGCACACAAGGGGCUGGCUGUAAUAUUUAUCAGGCUUGUUAAUAAAUGGCAUAUUUCAGUUUGCAAGGUUUGCCCUAUGUGCCUAGAGUUAUUUUGGUGCCUCCUUCCCUUCCUGCUUGCUCUCAUCUCCUGCAACAUUUCCUCAGGAAGAGUGAGAAAUGUGGUGGAAGGGAAGUUUGGAUACCUGUUGUAGCCCAAGCGGCUCCUAGGCUUGGUGCUCUGGUGGCCCUCACCCAGACUGAGAAGCUAAUAGGCAUCUACAGGCAAGUCGGACAUGGCUCAGCUGAGAGAUUAUAUUGUUUGUGGGCCAAGAGAUGCAUCUCUGCUGCUUUUUCACCUUAGGGAAGACAGGCAGGCAGAUGGUCACAAGCAGGGGAGUGGCUGUGGAAGAAGGGGAUGCUGUGCUCAUACCCAUGACAGGAGUGUUAACAGAGGAACAGCUGUUUGUCUCAUUGAAAACACUAAGCAAGGGUUGUGCUCUUAGCUGGUUCUGCUCUUCACUGAUGAAUCUUCUCCCUUUUAACUCAUGAAUGGUCUGUCACCAUGGUGCCAUGAUGCAAUGGCAUUCCCGUGCUCAACCAAGUGCUAUUCUUAUUGGGCUGGGUCUGAGCAGAAGACAAUGAGCAGAAGAGCUGACUCCAUCAUGUGCCAGGACAUCUGAUUUAUUUGCAGCCCAAAUGCCCCAGUCAAGGUCCCAUGUGCGCACACCUCCAUCUUUUCAUUUUCAACAAACCCCAAUCACGAAGCCCAAUUGUUGGUCUCAGCCCAUUACUGGCAUGAUCAUGAUUUAUGCUUCAAAGCUUAGGAGGGAGGGUUUCCAAUUAGGCUGUUGCUGGAGUGGGAAGGCAAAGGCUGUGGAAAUGCUCCUUUGAGGAUCAAAUAGGAAGGGGGCGCAGAUGCUUUUGAGUUGGACAACAAUUGUCAAUGGUCAUUCCCCUCCCUCCCCCCUGUGUCUACUUCAAGCAGAAAACCCAAGCCGCACUCAAAGCCAUAGUUUUGCAGAGACCUUCCUUUCUGACAAGUUUGGGCUGGAGCAGUAGAGCGAACCUUUCUGUGGAGUAAUGGUUUUGUUAAUGGGGAGAAGUACUGAAGAGCUGUAAAAUAGCCUGGUUUUGUACAUAGUCCUUAAGUCGACUGAGCUCCCUUUGGAGACCAGAUGCUAACUAGUUGCAUGUGUCCCUUUUUUUUUUUUUUUCUUAAGGUAAUGUUAAUGUGUCUGCAAUUGUAUUUUCACUGAACUUCUUUGCCAUUUUGCUUGUAAGGCUUUGAUUCAUGCCAUCACACAGUCAUUUGUCUUUGUCUGAAUUUGCUCCAUCGUGCCAAAAUUACCCAGGGCAGACCCCCUGUCAGCAACUGAGGGGCUGUCUUCCAAAGCCAGCUUGUCUCUCAGUCCAUGCAUCUUUCAGAGAGCUCAGUUAUUCUAAGCAAGUGGUGACGUAGCCCCUUUCAGAUGGCAUUAGUUCUUGGGGCUUUGGUUUAGGGGAUGUGUAUGGGAUAGUAGGUGGCUUUUGUGUCUUUUCCAUCAAUAUCGCAACGGCCUGCCACUGCUGUUUGGAAGGACCCACUCUGCUCAAGGCUAGGGUUAAUCCUCCUCUGAUGCCCACAUAUUUUCUUCCAUGAUUCCUCUUUGAUUCAGUGUUUUCCACGCCCUAUGUCAUAGGAAUUUUUCUUCAUUUUCUUUCGGGCUGUCAGUCCAAACCUCCAUGUUGACUUGGCACAAGAUGCAUGCAUCUCAACGACAAGUUACAGUGAUAUGUCUUGACAGCUGUUAAAAUCUGGCAGCAGGUCCCACAGCUGGAAGAGGGGGUGGGGUGAGGGAAGCAUCCAGGGAUAUGCUGUGGGCAAGUCUUGGUAUAGGGGUCAAUUUUUUUCCAUUGACACCCGUAAUAGAACUCCUACGGGCUUCAUUAGGAGCACAAUCCAGACCAGAGUUUCCCUGACCCCUGCCCAUCCAUGCUAAGGUGCAGGCACUCAGAGAGGUGCUCUCCUUUUAUAGACCUGCUGUAUCGCCCAGCAGAUCUGGUCUGCCUUCAUCUGCUUUUUGAUUAGAAGUCCCCAUAGUCAGGAGACACCUACUGAGAUGUAGUGCUGGAUUUACUGGCAUCUCCUAAGCUUGGCUUCCUCAGAAAUACGUGCAUAACCUCGGUCAGAUCAGUUCAGGCUCUCAGAAUAAGACAUGCUCCUCCCAGCGUGGAAGCAAAGCAGCUGCCAGGGAGAAGCUAAUUGUGCCUGCCCAUCAAAUGUCGCUAGGAAUCCAGCUUUAUUGCAAUUUUCUUCUGAGACAAUGAGUGAACCCUCCCAUUGUGCUCUUUCCCCCCAGAGUGGGGAGGAUACUGGCACCUAAAUGAUUAUCUUCCUUGUAGUCAGUUUUUUUUCCCCUCUUUCCAAGAGCUCAGGAAAAACAGGACCAAUGAAAAUGCAAACCCAGCCCUGUAUCUCCUUGUUUCUUAAAGCAAGAUCUCCUCCUGUGCGGCUUUCUUUAACAAAUCCUCUUGGCCAAGCACCUGCUUAAGGCAUGCUGAUUAGGAGAGAUUCUGCCCUUCUUCGUUUGGAAAUUUGUUAAUUUUUUUAAUCUACUUUUAAAUGGAUUUGGGACUUGGAGCCACAUCUUUUUUUUUUUCUGUGCAGCACAGAAGUUGCCAUGUUGAGACUUCUGCACUCACAAGCAGGGACUCCGGUACUGUUUUCAUGUUCUGUGUCUCUCUGCUUAUGUUGAAUGUUUGCCAAGAAAUUGGAAUCAUUAGAGAUCAGAGGCUUUUUUAUUUUUAAAGCUUGCUAAGAGAAGAUCCCUACCCCCCUCCUCUCCCAACCCCAAGUGCCAUGAAAUGUCAUCUGACAGUAACUCUUGUCUAAUUUAUACAAUGCCAGCCACCAGGGAGAAAGCUUUUUCCUUAAAAAGAAAAAUCAGAAGAUGCUAAAGAAUGCCAAACUGAAAAGAGCUUUGAUCUGGGAAUGGGGGUUGGGAGCAGAUGUGCAUGUUGAUGUAUAAAGGUCUGUCCGUCUCUUUUCCCCUCUUCUCUUCCCCCCCCCCCCCCCCCCCCCCCCCCCAUACAUAUUCUUUAGAAGAAAAGAUGGGUGGUCUAGAAUGACUGAUUUAAAUUCUAAGUUUCCAGCUCUGCCUGUGGGUUUUUUUGUUUUUAUUCUAGGUGGCACAGCAAUAACAACUGUGUGUAAUAAUAAUUUAAGUGAGUAUCCUGUGUUCUUGGUUCCCUCUGUCUUUCGGAAGCUUGGAGAGAGAAUAGGCUGCAGCUUUUUAGAUAAAGGAAUCCCGUGUGUGUGUGUGUGUGUGUGUGUGUGUGUGUGUGUGUGUGUGUGUGUGGCUUGGAUACUGAUCAUUGCAAGGGACAUAGACUGGAAGGAGCAUGGAUUAAGAGACUAUUGGGUUGUUUUUUGGCUUGGUUUUUUUUGUUGUCAUUUUUUUUCUCUUGCCAAUCUAUUCCUUAAGCCAACAAACUAAAUAAUGGAAUCCCCUUCCCAAAUGAAUGGGCCAAUGCUCUUUGGCACUGAUUCAGUGAAAAAAAAAUGAUGCUGUACAAAGUCUUAUGCUAUUGUAAUUUUUUUAAACGGUGUUUUGUAAAAUCUCCAGAUGACUAUGCAGAGAACAUGUUGAUCUGUAUCUCUUUCCCUGCCCCCCUCCUCUCCUGCUCUUUCCUGAGUGUCUAAGUAAAUAUUUUGCUCCUUUAUUAUUGUUGUUAUUAUUAUUAUUGUUAUUGUUAUUAUUUUGGAAAUAAUAAAACUUUGGAGAAAUUGGAACUCCCUGGA